GCCAAUCAGCGUCUUUUCGGGUGACAGCGGCCGCGCUGACGCGAGAAGAAGCUAGCUACAAGCAAGCUCCUUGGCUUUUAGCUCUUUCCACGCGUUGUACUACUUAUUUCAUUGCGAGGAAUAAUAUUUGGCAUUGUGACGUUAUCACACACGUUCAAGGUCAGACGACGUGAAACAAAGGCGAUGACGGGCUCUAAUGAAUAUAAACUUAACCAGGGACCAGAGGAAGGCAUUUCCGCUGUCAAGUUCAGUCCCACCAAUUCCCAGUACCUCCUGGUCUCCUCUUGGGACUGCACCGUUCGCCUUUAUGAUGUUGGGGGAAACACCAUGCGGAUGAAAUACCAGCACACAGCUCCAGUUCUUGACUGUGCUUUUUAUGAUCCAACACAUUCCUGGAGUGGAGGUUUGGAUGCACAGUUAAAGACACAUGAUUUAAACACAGACCAAGAUACAAUAGUUGGAACACAUGAUGCCCCCAUUCGUUGUGUGGAGUACUGCCCAGAAGUUAACGUCAUCGUAACCGGCAGCUGGGACAGAUCUGUGCGACUGUGGGACCCACGAACACCCUGCAAUGCUGGUACCUUUACUCAGCCUGACAAGGUGUAUACACUCUCUGUGGCUGGAGAUAGACUGAUUGUUGGCACAGCAGGAAGACGAGUCUUGGUGUGGGAUUUGAGAAACAUGGGCUACGUGCAGCAAAGAAGGGAGUCCAGUCUAAAGUAUCAGACUCGCUGCAUUAGAGCCUUUCCUAACAAGCAGGGCUAUGUCUUGAGUUCAAUUGAAGGACGUGUAGCUGUGGAGUACCUGGAUCCCAGCCAGGAGGUUCAGAAGAAGAAAUAUGCCUUCAAGUGCCACCGGCUGAAAGAGGAUGGAAUUGAGCACGUCUACCCCGUCAAUGCCAUUUCAUUUCACGGUGUUCACAACACCUUUGCCACAGGUGGCUCAGAUGGCUUUGUGAAUAUCUGGGAUCCAUUUAACAAGAAGCGUCUGUGUCAGUUCCACCGGUAUCCGACCAGCAUCGCAUCGCUGGCUUUCAGUAACGACGGCACGAUGCUUGCUAUCGCCUCCUCCUACAUGCAUGAGAAAGGGGACAUUAGCCAUCCUGAGGACGCCGUCUUCAUUCGCCAAGUCACAGAUGCUGAGACAAAGCCCAAGUAAGUUUUCUCCCAAC